AUGAAGAUAACUUGUACAGCUUUUGUACUCCUCAUCCAAGCAUUACGAAGUUUGGCUUUAGAUGAUUCACCAUUUCAACUGACCAACAAAGACACUGGUUUUUGUUUGGUUAAAUAUAACCCAUACUACUGCAAUAAUGUACGCUGGACAAAUGGUGACAGACUUCAGGUUAAAUGGUCACAUAAGUGCCUGGGAGCCCAGGGGAAAAGUGUGAGAAGUGAAAUAAGCCUCUAUGUUUGUGAUGAAACCAGCGACCUCCAAAAGUGGGAAUGCACGAACGGGACAUUGCUCGCCCUCAAAGGACAACAGCUUUACAUUGAGCUCACUGCAGACAACACAGCAGUUCUCUCUAAAACAGUCGGACCAAACAACCACCUUACACUUUCAGGGACGUCCAGUGGUGCUUGUUCAAGAGCAUACAGAGAAUUUUUCACCAUUGGUGGAAAUGCAAAUGGUAGGCCCUGCAUGUUCCCCUUCCAGUAUAAAGACAAGUGGUACACUCAAUGCACUACGGAUGAUAACCCAGAAAACCGACUUUGGUGUGCGGUUCAAACUAAAUAUGAUGAUCAACUCUGGGGGUAUUGCCCAACUAACUCCAAAGAACACUGGAAUAAACACAUUACUACAGGAGCAUAUUACCAGCUCAACACACAGUCAGCUCUGACUUGGGCCCAGGCUGAAGCCAGCUGCAAGCAGCAGGCGUCUUCCCUGCUGAGCAUCACCGAUCCCCACCAACAGGCCUACCUCACAGCACUGCUAGGGCGAGAGGGCGGGGGACAGGGGGACAAGCUUUGGACCGGGCUGAUCAAGAACCCAGAGCAUGGCUGGCACUGGUCUAACGGGAGGGCUUUCCGUUAUCUGAACUGGGACUCUGGACAUCCACUUCCUAAUCCUGGACACGACUGUGGAAUUGUUGAUCCUGCUGUGCAGUACUUGUGGCAAAGUUCAACAUGCACAAAGAAACUAGGGUACAUCUGCUACAGUGAAAGAGCUGCGACUCCUCCUACUACAGAGACAGGAUUUUGUUCAAGACCUUGGAUUCCCUACAAUGGCCACUGUUUCCACCUUAACCGAGCUCAGAAAAAAUGGUCUGAUGCUCAGCAAGUGUGCCGCAAAGAAGGAGGCGACUUAGUGAGCAUCCGCAAUGUGGAGGACCAAAGCUUUGUCAUCUCUCAACUCGGCUAUGCAUCCACUGAUGAGCUUUGGAUUGGACUGAAUGAUAAAAAGACAGAGAGGCUGUUUGACUGGAUUGACCACUCUGCUGUCACCUUCACCAGCUGGGAGCUUGGUAAACCUGCCGUCUUUUCUGACGCAGAGGACUGUGUUCUCAUCAGGGGAGAGAAUGGGAACUGGGCUGACCGUAUGUGUGAUGAGAAACAUGGCUACAUUUGUAUGAAGAUGAGUGCCGCAAAUCCCUCUGGAGAUGAAGUGGAGCAGGAUGUAGGCUGCAAAACUGCUUGGAAAAGACACGGCUCCUACUGCUACUUUGUAGGAACAGAGACAAAGACAUUUGAUGAAGCCAACAAUUACUGCAAGACAUCAGAUUCCUACUUGGCUGAUGUUUCAAAUGGAGUGGAUAAUGCCUUCCUCGUCAGCUUGGUUGGGUUGAGACCAGAGAAAUACUUCUGGCUGGGCCUCUCAAACCAGAAUGACAUCGAUCAAUUUGUGUGGACCAAUGCCAACUCAGUGAGGUUUACUCACUGGAAUGCUGAAAUGCCAGGUCACCAACAGGGGUGUGUUGCAAUGACGACAGGGGUUUUUGCUGGCCUCUGGGAUGUGCUGCCCUGCACCAAUAAGGAGAAAUACAUCUGUAAACAUCUGGCAGAGGGGGCUGUUUUAACCCCUGCACCACCCACUCAAGCCCCUCUCAAGUGUGCCGACGGCUGGACUCCAUUCGGAGCCAGACACUUUUGCUAUAAGUUGUUUCCAGAGCCAUCAGAAAGCAAAAGGACCUGGUAUGAUGCAAGAGAUUAUUGCAGGACUAUCGGAGAAGACCUGCUCAGCAUCCACAGCGGUCUUGAGCUAACCUUUGUGAAAAGAGUCUCUGGAACAGUCUGGAUUGGACUUAGUGCUCCAGACCCAGUCACGGGCUAUGUAUGGAGCGAUGGGUCUCCAGUGAACUUCCUACACUGGCAGGAUGGAGAGCCAAACAAUAAAAACAAUGUGGAAUCUUGUGCUGAAUUCAGAACAUAUCUUAGGUCUGGGUCUUGGAGUGAUGUGAACUGUGAGAAGAAUAAUCAAUGGCUGUGUCAGAUCCGUACAGGAGCAACUCCAAAGCCGCCUCCAGACCCUGUCAUCCCUGACUACAAAAAGACCUCAGAUGGGUGGCUAGAAUGGAAUGGAACUCAAUAUUAUAUUAACAACAAGAAGAUGGCCAUGGAAAAAGCUCGUCGCUUCUGCCAACAGAGGCAUGGGGACUUAGUAACAAUCGACAGCGAAGCUGAAAGGGUAUUUUUGUGGAAUCAGAUGUCCAAAAGUGAAAGUUCUCACUGGAUAGGCCUGGAUGUUGACCUUGAUGGAACAUAUGAGUGGAUGGAUAGUUCUCCAGUUUUGUUUCAAAGUUGGAAUGAAGGUCAGCCUGAUUUCAAGUAUCAUGAUGAGAACUACGCCACCAUGGGUUAUUCAACUGGGUUCUGGCAUAAUUAUAAUUGCGGGUUUGAGUACGGCUCCAUUUGUAAACGCAGUGGCUCACCACCUGCCAACACAACGGUGGCCCCCACAGUUGCCCCUAAAGGUGGCUGCCCACCCCACUGGAAACAACUUAACCAUAAGUGUUACAGCAUCAUUAAAGACCAAAAAGAAACAUGGAACGGGGCAAGGAAACAAUGCAAAGCUAUGGGUGGAAACUUGGCCUCUAUAUCCUCAAGACACGUGGAAGUGUUUUUGAUAACUCAAAUGGCUGACACACCUACUACAGACCUUUGGAUUGGUUUACGCAAAUCAUAUCGGGAAGCAUUUUAUUGGACUGAUGGGCAACCAAGGCAAUAUGUGAACUUGGAUUUGGAAAACCAAUCAUCUGUUUUCUCUUCUCUUAACUAAUCACAAUGUGUGCUUAACCAGGAAAAAUGUGCUGUGAUCACAACCAAUUCUUCCGUUGGUAUUGGGAAAUGGAUUGGAAAGUCUUGCAAUGACACCAAUGGAUUUGUAUGUCUUAAAAGUGUUGAUCCUUCUUUCCCAGACUCCCCUGAACCAACGACUUCCAGUGACUAUGUCAAAAUAUUAAAUGACUCUGUAAAGGUUGUGACUCAAAAUAUGAGCUGGGAUGCAGCCAAAAAGCAUUGUGAAGAUGAUGGUGCCAGACUGGUUAGCCUGCGAAACAAUUGGUCACAGGCGUAUGUUGAGCUGCUGGCUUUGAAUCUUAAAGCUCCUCUGUGGAUUGGACUGAACAAAAAUCAGACCAAUGGGUAUUUCAGAUAUAUUGAUGGCUGGUUCCUGAAAUUUUCUCACUGGGGCAAAAAUGAACCAAGCAGGGACAGACCUUGUGUCUACGUGGAUGUGGAUGGAAAAUGGAAGACCACUGACUGCAAGCAAAUCAUGAACAGUGUUUGCUUGAAGUCUACAGAUGUGCCACCAACAGAGCCAAGUGUUUUCACAGGCAUUUGCCCUGAAGACUCAGAUGCAUUAAACACAGACGGGAAGAACAACUGGUUACCAUUUCACGGAUACUGUUACAUAUUUUUCUCAGAAACAAAAGAGUGGGGAGAUGCAUCUGCCAGCUGUUUAAUACAUGGUGGAUCACUAGCCAGUAUUGAACAUCCCUUUGAGCAAGACUUCAUUCAAAGCAACGCACACAUAUUUAAAGACAGCCACAGCUCGUUCUGGAUUGGCCUGUUUAAAACUCACAAAGGGGAGUGGUUGUGGUUAGACAAAACAAUCAUGGACUACACUUAUUGGGAUGAAGAUCAACCUGAUGAUGGCAGCCACGGAGAGAUUAGUACUUCAGACGGGACAUGGAAGACAAGCAAUCAGAAGUUUAGAAGACCAUACAUCUGCAAAACACCCCAAGUACUGGCACCAACCACACCAACAACACCACCAAAUCCUGAUCCCCUUCCACAUGGCCACAUAGCUGUGGCAGUUGUGGUGAGCAUUAUUGGGAUUGCCACAGGGGCAGUGAUUGCCUUCCUCCUCUAUAAGAAGUUUGUUCAUCGACUAUCCAUCCCUGUCAACUUAAACACCUUUAACAACCCGCUGUUCUUCAGCAAGGAGAAGUCACAAACUGGUGUGGUUGACACCGAAAAACUGGUAGAGAAUGCAGAGGAAGACAGCCCUGAACCUGUUGUAUCAGUGUAAUUCAAAAAACAUUAAAAAGUAGGAUCAAAUGGUAAACAUACCUGACAUGUCCAGAGAUUUCACAGUGUGUUUGAAAUGGGAGAAGUUUCAAUAGAUUUAGCAAUGACUAGCUUAAAUGUCCAAAGCCACGAGGACUGUACAUGGAUUGUAAUGAUAAUUGAAUUCAUAUAUUUUGUAAUGACUAUGAAGAAACAUAUUAAUUGGAUGUACUGGGAAGACGUAAAAUUGUUAGGAUAAUAGUGUAUUUGAAUAUUUGCCACGGACAGACUCCUGUGCAAUCACGUGCCUAUUCAAUGCAGUUAUUACCAAUUCACUUUAGGAAACUAAAACUG